AUAUAGUUUGAUUGUUUUGCUCCUGUAUCUUCCAAAAGGGCAAAAGAUUUCUAAGAGUUGUUUCAUGGAUCCGCAAGAGAGCACUUGGGUUUUUCCAAUCAAUAAAAAGUGUAUCAUGCUUGAAUCUAAUCGGAGUUCGUAGUGGUGGAGGAACUGGAUUAGAAAAAAGAGAGAUUCUAGUUCUAAGAGUAUAGGGUGAACUCAAUUCUCUUCUUUAGCUCAGGGUUAACACUUAUUGAAGUUAAAAGCAAGGGCGCAAGCAAAAGCAAGAAUGAAGUACUUUUUCUUUAGUAUAGGGAUAGGGUUCAUAAGCGAGUAACUGAGGAAGUUGUGAUAGAUGACUUUCUUCUAGUAACAGAGCGAGUAGUGUUAGAUGACUUUCUUCUAGUAACAGAGUGAGCAGUGUUAGAUUACUUCUAUAUAGGAGAGCACACAAUUCAAUUCCUCAGUUAAGUGAGGUUACCGCUAUGUGGGCUACUAUCUACUUUCUUAUGAACUACAGCCAACUUGAAACCGUACUCCACGCAAAGCAAAGGGAAAGCCAAGAACAGAACUCUACGACAACAAGUGGAACACGCCUCGAGAGUACAAUGUGUUAGAGCUUAGAGUAAUGGAGUCUUUAAGUUUGAGAGUAAGGAGUGUUGUAUAUGAAUUAUAGAAUAUGUUAGUAAUAAUCUUUUUAAGCAGGAGUUCACCGUUACGCAUUAGCUUGUUUAUUGUGUUCAGGAGGCGGCGUGGCAUUAGGGGGUGCUGCUUAUGUUAAUGUGGGGUGCUUAUGUCAAUCGGGGUAGCUGAACAGAAUAAGAAGCAAGGGCUAAUGCGAGUUCCGGACUAUAGAUCCAGUCGCAUAUAUGUUGUUGACACUACAAAAACUCCAAGAGCUCCAUCAUUGCAUAAGGUUGUUGAUCCCACAGAUAUUCUGCAAAUGACUGGGCUAGCAUAUCGUCAUACCUCUCAUUGCCUUGGAUCUGGUGAUAUAAUGGUAUCUUGCCUUGGAGAUAAAGAAGGAAAUGCAACGGGGAAUGGCUUCCUGCUUCUUGAUUCAGGUUUCUGUGUGAAAGGAAGAUAUCCAUACGGGUGGGAAAAACCAGGUCAUAGUCCUUUGUUUGGCUAUGAUUUUUGGUACCAACCACGUCACAAGACCAUGAUCAGCUCAUCAUGGGGAGCUCCUGCAGCUUUUUCAAAGGGUUUCAACCUACAACAUGUUUCAGACGGAUUAUAUGGAAGAUACUUGUAUGUUUAUAGCUGGCCAGAUGGUGAACUAAAGCAGACAUUGGAUCUUGGAAAUGCAGGGCUCUUACCCUUAGAAGCACGAUUUCUGCAUGACCCAUCUAAAGACACUGGCUUUGUUGGCUGUGGUUUGUCCAGCAACAUGGUGAGGUUUUUCAAGACCACAGAUGGUGCCUGGAGCCAUGAGAUUUGUUUUGCCAUCUGCUUUUCUAGCUUUUUAGUGAUUCUGCCUUCUUUUCGAUGGGAUACCAAGUACUAAGAAAUCUCUGUAUAAUAUCUGUUUUGUAAGGUUGCCAUAUCUGUAACGCCACUGAAGGUGCGAAACUGAAUUCUACCCGAAAUGCCAGGGCUGAUCUCAGACUUUCUCAUCUCUCUUGAUGAUCGGUACCUCUAUUUUGUCAACCGGUUUCAUGGAGAUGUUAGACAGUAUAGCAUUGAAGAUCCUUCAAAGCCGGUGCUGACAGGACAAGUAUGGGUUGGAGGUCUCCUUCAUAAGGGAAGUGACGUAGUCUAUUUGUCAGAGGAUGGGGCGGAGUCACAAUUUAGUGUACCUGUGAUUAAGGGAAAUCGACUUAGAGGAGUACCGCAGAUGAUUCAACUGAGCUUGGAUGGGAAGCGGCUGUACGUGACAAACUCACUCUUUAGUGUGUGGGAUCAACAAUUUUAUGGCCCAGAUUUCAUGAAGAAGGGAUCUCACAUGCUGCAGAUUGACGUGAACACCGAGCAAGGUGGAUUGACCAUGAAUCCAAACUUCUUUGUUGACUUUGGGACAGAGCCUGAAGGACCUGCACUGGCACAUGAGAUGAGGUAUCCUGGUGGAGACUGCACUUCCUAUAUUUGGAUAUAGAUGAAGCAGCUUCGGAGUAGAACCCGGUUAUUGCUGUAGCAAUUUGCGAAAUCUUUAUGGAACGAGGUUAAUGUACUAUGUGAUUUCUCUACUUGGUGUUCAGGUGAUUACGAGAAAAGGAUUCUCACUAUUAGCUUCUUUUGUUGGUCGUUGAUGAUCUCUUGAAUGAGUAGUUUGAUGUGUGUACUGUCAAUUUACUGGUUUAUGUGCAUUGCUGCAUGCAUGUUGGUAUGCACACUCAGAAACUAUUAGCCAAAAAUAUUUUACUGUCUCUAUAAGUCUGGAUCACUGGAAA